UUCUGUCCUUACCACACAAAUCUGCAUUUUUGUGCGGUGCAGAAUUUGAACUUCGCAUAGUCAGACGCGGGCCAUAUCUAACAGACGGUACUGUGUGAAGCUGGAAACUGCGGCUGACAUUUCCCUAAGGCCAAUGUCUUCAGCAUCCUCUAGCAAAGCAAAACCCCCAACAGAAGAGGAGAUAGUAGAAGGUUUCAAUCGGUUGCGCUACGAACAGCGCUCUAUCGGGAGCAAAAUUAAUGAUCUAGAACUUGAUCAAAGGGAACACAAUAUGGUCAUUAAAGUGUUGCAGUCAGUGGAGCCUACUCGUAAAUGCAUGAGAAUGAUAGACAAUGUAUUAAUUGAACGUCAAGUGAAGGACAUCCUUCCGGCUCUUGAAGAUAGUGUAAAAAAAAUGUCUGAAUGUAUCGAAACAUUGUCAAAGCAGUUUGAGGAAAAAGGUCGAGAACUUCAAAGAUACAAGGCUGAGCAUAAAAUAAGAAUUGCUGGUGAAAAAGACUCUACAGGUUCAGAGAAAAAGGAUAAUAUAUCUUCGUCAUCGACUUCGGGUGUGUUAGUAUCCUGAGCGUUUUGGUGUGUAUAAUGUAAUCAUUGUCGGAUGUGAUCAGUAUGUACCAUAAAAAUACUCUCCGUGUGUAAUAAGAAUAAUGUAUUUACACCUCUACAAAAAAACUAUCAAUUGAAUGAAACAUUCGUCAUUUGUCUUUUGGUUUUUAUUUUCAUUAUAUAAAAAUGUCUAUGGUGUUCUUCA